UUACAUGGCUUCCAACAGUAAUCUUGGUACUUUACGUCAAAUCAAAUUUGUACAAACUUUUUGGAAAUCAAAUAAUUUAGUACGAAAAAAUAUAUUUUUUUAAGAAAAAAAGAAUAUGUUGGCGAGAAUCAUUAAACGCGGCCUUUUGGGUGCACAACAAAAUUUUCCGAGUUUUUGCGCCAAUCGUCACUUCACCAAUGAAUACAGUGCGCAUAUACCCGGCGGUGGUCUCGAGAAAUUAGCCGGCUGCUUCAAGGAGGAAAGUUACUUUAAGCUCCAAGACUUAAAGCUUUUGCUCAAGAUGCGCGAACAGACGCUGCGCGGCGCCGGUUAUGACACCAGCGAAAUGAACACUGCAAUCGAGGAGAUCGAAGAGUUCGAUCAACUGACGGCAGCACACCGUCAGCAGAGCUUUAUGAACAAGCAUAAGAAUUGCAUGGAGGAGCUGUAUUUUCUAACCGAGGAGUCGAUGAACUUGCGUCGGCUCGAACAGAAAAUGCACUUGGAAGCCGAGCAGAAAAUGCGUGAAGAUAUCGCUUUGGAAAAUCGUCGUCGCGCCUUGCAGUUUUCAAAUGAAGCGGAAGCAAUGGCUAAAAUACGCAGUGACCAAUAUACGCAGUGAAAAUUUUUUCCUUUUCAAAAUUAUUAUUCCUAUUUAUUUAUUGAAACAGACGAAAAAAUUAAGCAACAAAAUAAUUUUUUUUUUUGGUAAACAUAAGUUUAUAUGCAAGAGUUGGCUUUUUUAAAUUUUUUUCGUUUUUUGUUUUCAUAUUUUUUCAAGCAUUUUUUAGAACUAUGUACGUUCGUUUCCGGGAAAAAAAUGUGGGAAAUUUAAAAAAGCCCAACUGAGCAGAGUUGCACGUAUUUGCACACACACGUACGCACACUCACACAAACGAAUAAUAUUGUAGUUAUAACGGUGAAAACGCGUUGCCAACGCACAGCAAGUGUUGUUGUAUGUGUGUCGGUAGAAUAUUGAGACUCACAUAUAAACGUGGAAAAAUCGGAUAGAACAUAUAGAUAAUCGAUAUGUGAAUAUGUUUUAGGCUUGCAUAUGUGACCCAAGAGCGCCAUUUACAUAUAUACAAAUAUACAAUAUAUAUAUUUAUUAUUUAGUAAAAUUUUUAUAUGUAUAUGUCGAAUUACAAAUGUACGCAUAUAUUUUUGAUAUUUUGCCUUCAAAAGUUGGAAGAUUAAACCUAAGCGAUUGCCAAAAAAAA